UCUAGUGUUGCAUAUUUUUAUAUAAAUGCAGAAAUGAUUACGCAUGUGUUAUAAGUAAUUUUCUUACUAUUACAGACAAACCACAAAUCGAUGAAAUCAUCUCCCGAGUUGUCUAUUGGAAAGCUUCAGUCAGAGACAAAAUCGAUGGAAAAUUGUAAACUCAAGAACAUAUGUCUUAAUUUGUGUCAUAGAAAUACGUAUGGAGAUUUAUUUUCCUUCUUCAAUAGACGUGCCAUUUAAAAACUUGUAGAUCCAGUUUAUAAUAAAACAAGAUGACUCACUGACAGAGGAAAGUGCGACAGUUCCUAAGAAAUGGACCGGUAAUUAACAGCCGAUUAAAACUUAAUUAUAUGGCUGGUUGAAUCUUGAGUGUACUGCAUAUCCUUACACAAAUAAACACAAUGGGGAGCACUUGAUUGGAAUCGUUAUGUAUCACAGAUGUGUAUACAAGUACCAGAUUGAUGGUGCUUUAAGAAAGUAUGGACGAUCUUAUUCCACGUAGAAAAGUCGACAACAGAGAAAAACUACAUCUAAGAAAAAUGGUCCGAAGUCUCGUUACUAAUUUAGAAAGCUUUCAAGACGAAGUGCUUGUUGUUCUAGAUGACAUGAAGGACCUUGUAGGUCAGAUCGAUGAUGUGUCCACUAAACUGGAUAAAACGUUUGGGGAAAGAUUGUGGAAAGACCAACACGCUAUUCAAAAGUCAAGGUCAUUGACAAAAAUUAACCACAAUGAAACACACCAUUACGUUAAUGUUGAUCUGAUACCAAAAAUAAAGCACAUCGAAGAAAAAAUCAAUUCAAAAAUGUGUUCAAAACAAUUGAGUUGUGCAGAUCAGUGUACAAAACAUAAUAAAACCAUAAGUUCUGUCGAAAAAGAGACAAAUAUGAAACCCAAUAGACCAAAUAGUUUCACCAAAGACCUACCGGCAACGAACCAAGUGAAACUUGGAGAUUAUGCACUACAUUGCAUGAAACAAGACCAAGUUUUAGAUUCUUUGGAAUCACCUAUGCUUGAUUUAUCUUAUUUAGAUAUGAACCAAACUGACAAUAGACCGAAAUGGGGGAGAUCUAUUUCCCUACCAAUUAAUGUGAAGUCGCGAUCGGUGUCUCCAUUAAGAUUCCCAGAUAUCAGUGUUAAUGACAGUAACAUAAGCGAUCGAGUUCAUAGUGAUAUUUUAACUCCUACAGCGGUUUGUUAUGCAGAACUUAAAAAACCUAACGUUACUACAAGAAGCAUUUCAUCGAGUAUCUCUGAAGACGUUUUUCAUGACUUAAAUACAUCUACACUGAAUACUGGUACUACGGUGAAAUCCAAUAAUUCCUCUUCAAUCAUCUCUUCAAAUAUAUCGAUUGAUGGUGAUCUUUACGAGAGAAGACUAGACGAUGAGCUGGAAAACAUCCUUGAAGCUUCGGAUGAUUCACUUAUGAUCGAAUCAUCGGAUGUAAGUAUGGAAACAACAAGUAACUCUCAUACAGACACAUAUUCCGACAAUGGGCUGUAUGACAUGAAUACUUGGACUUCGUUUACAUUAAGUCAUCAAACGGAAUCUACGAGGAGUUCCGAAAGUUUUGUCUCUGACACACCUUCGGAUAUAAUGAACGAUAAUGUAUGGCCGCCUAAUGUUGGUAAUAUUUUUUCAAACAGUAUGUUAGCUCGAAAACUUAGCAAGCAUUUAGAUAAUGAUGAAAUUUAUUCUUUGAAUCAGGAUACGAAGAAGUGAGAGCAAUAUCCGUUUCAAUCAAAAUAUUAUACACUAAAAGUAAUUCAUUGAACUAUUAGUCAUAUCUAUAAUUUAUUAAUUCUAGUCAAAACACAAAAUAACAUAUUAUAUAUGUUGAAUGUUUUCUUCAAUUCUAACUCUAACACUAAAUUCAGUGCACACAGAAAUUAGAUAACAAUAAAAUUCAGAAGAGAAUAUA